UGUUCAUUUUUCCAGUUUGUUUAUUUCUAAUUUUAUUUAAUUUUUUCUGGUAUAUGCAUUUAAGGUUAAUUUCUGCAUCGCUCCCCUCCUUUUUCCUGCUGCUCUCAUUUCCACAUACUGCCUUUUUUGCAUCACUCCCACAAUUCGUAUCGGUUACGUUUCUGUGGAUUUUGUCUCUCUUUCAAUCAUGGUUCUCAAACCACUUUGCUCAUUAUAGCAUUUGGCGCAUUGAUGACUUUGUUCACCAAUUUGUAUUGAGUCCCAUCCAUUUCCCCACUCUCUCCUAUCUCUUUCUCUCUCCCCCUUUUCACCCUGUACCCUCCCUUCAUUUCAAGAUCCUGUUUCAAGACAAUCGAAUCAUCAGGAGACACCUAACACUCAACAUUAUCCUAGACUGAUAGACAUCUUCAAAUACUCCCUUACUCUCUCAUUUGAUUUGGUCCUCUGUCAUGUUUUACUCCUACAUUGUGUGUGUUUUUUCGGGGAAGCGACUCCCAGAUGUAUUGUACUUAUAGAGUGCGGUAACCACAGGUUAAUGGUUGCUCUCUUAGCCAUGUCAAGAAAUGUUACCUCUCAAUUGUGGUUAAAGUGUGUGAUGUGUUAGUGCUUGUUGUGGGAUGCAUCCUAAUGGCUUUUUUUCCAUCUGCCUAAUUGGAAUUAGAGUUAGUGACACUCUCGUCAAGCUCUUUGUAAAAGAACAGCUUGAUGUAUCAGUGUUAGAAGGUCUUUUUCUCUCUCUUAGAGCUUUCUUCAUGUGCAUGGGGCUGUCACGGUGGUCAUGAUAUAAUGUGCAUGACACUAGCCAAGAUUCACCUACUCCAGACCUCUCACACACUGAACAUCUAGCAUAUUCCUGCACUGCUAACACCCUGCAUCUGAUUCGGUUGUUUUGACAUGGAUACUAUAUGGACUUUACAGUACAGAGACAUUAGGAACAUUCUUUUGGCACUAAGGCAUGACUUCGAUUUGUGAUUUUGGUUUGGUUUUGAUUUUGUAAUUUGUUUUUAGCACUUUUAUAUGUUGCUGGGUUAGAAAGCAUCUGCUAAGAGUGUAACGUGUAAAUUUGAUAUCUGAGGAAAUGACAGAAUAACUGAAGGAGGAAGAAUGAAGAAAGAGGGAGGAGAAGGGGAGGGACUAGAAGGGAGAGAGAAGGGGUCUUUUAUGAAAGCAUCUUCUCUCAAGACGUGGAGACUUUUUAUCAGGUAAACAAAUAAGGAUGAUUAUUGAAGAGCUUUUGGGACUUUUAUUGACAAUCCAUAGGUUUUAGAUUAUAAAAACACAGGAUCAAGUAUUUGGACGGAUAUAUCUGAACCAUCUACACUAUAUUUCUAACUAGUCUUUCACAUGAAUACAUUAAUACACCCAGAGGCUAAUUUUUUUUUCUGAAUCCAGCAGUGUUCUGAAAAAAUGGCGAACUGCAUAACAGAUUUCUUUACCUAUGAGACGACCAAGUCCGUGGUGGUAAAGAGCUGGACUAUUGGCAUCAUAAACCGUGUCGUCCAACUCCUCAUCAUCAUAUACUUCAUUGGCUGGGUGUUUUUGUAUGAGAAAGCAUAUCAAGUGAGAGACACAGCUAUCGAGUCAUCUGUCAUGACUAAAGUGAAGGGGUUUGGAGAGUAUAACAAACGGAUCAUGGAUGUAGCCGAUUAUGUCACACCUACUCAAGGGGCAUCAGUGUUCUGCAUCAUCACUAAGCUCAUCACAACAGAAAAUCAAGUUCCAGGAUAUUGUCCAGAGACUGAUGUGAAAUCCAUAUGUACGAAUGACACUACUUGUAAGUCGAAGAUGUCAAAACCAUCUAGCAAUGGGUUGCUUACAGGACGUUGUGUGGACUUCAACGUUACCCACAAAACCUGUGAGAUCAAAGGAUGGUGUCCUGCAGAGGUUGAUGAUGUUCAGCCGGACCCCAUGAAGGAGGUGGAGAACUUUACCAUCUUCAUCAAGAACAGCAUUCGCUUCCCACGUUUUAACUUCACAAAGGGAAAUUUCUUGCCUAACAUCAAAAGUUCCUACAUAAAGAAGUGUAAUUUUGACUUUGAGACUAACAUGUAUUGUCCAAUAUUCAAAGUGGGAGAUGUCAUCCGAUUUGCACAACAGAACUUUACUACUCUUGCUACAAAAGGGGGAGUGUUAGGGAUAAAAAUAGCAUGGGUGUGUGAUUUAGACAAGGCAGAAGAUGAGUGUAAGCCAGCCUACUCCUUCACUCGCCUGGACGCCAUGUCAGAGAAGACCAGUGUGUCUCCAGGAUACAACUUCAGGUACGCUAAGUAUUUUAAAACAGAGAACGGAACCGAGUAUCGCACUCUGCUGAAGGCCUACGCCAUCAGAUUUGAUGUGCUGGUUAAUGGAGACGCGGGAAGAUUUGACAUGAUCCCAACUCUGAUCAACAUGGUUACUGCCUUCACCUCUGUUGGUGUGGGUACAGUGCUUUGUGACAUCAUUCUGUUGAACUUCUUGAAAGGAGCUGACCAAUACAAGGCCAAGAAAUUCGAAGAGGUAUCAGAUUCAAAUAUUCAGAGCAAUAUUUCAUUUUACAGGACCAGAGACCAAAGCCAGAAUUCAAUCAAAACUCAGGAGAAGUACUUCAAAGACUCCGGAGCAUUUUCCAUUGAUCGUUAUAGUUAAUAGUUCACAGCACUUGGGGAAGGAUUGAAAAAAAAGAUCUUCAUUCCAGUCAAAAUCUUUAUCAUUUUUGCCACUAAUCCUAGAUCCUUCCACAAAGAACAAUCUAGACCAAUAAACACACAUAAAAUGGUUCAGUCACCUGAACUUUCCCCCCUAAUUUUACAUUUAACUAGAUUAUUUUGAUUAUAACCAUGGUCCCGAUCUUACGUAAACAUUUCAAAAUCAAAAUCAAUCAGUCAAAAUGUAUUAUUUGCCUGACUGAUCAAAAAUAUGACUAUAUUUUGUAAAUAAUAGUAUUAAAUAGUAAGUAAAUACUCAAAUUCUGCUAUGUAUGCUCAUAGUGUUUGCAUGGGAUUGAUUAGCAUAGUUACAAAUGUUUAAUAUUUCAUGUGAUUGUAUAGCAGUGUGUGUGUGUGUAUGUGUGUGUGUGUGUGUGUGUGUGUGUGUGUGUGUGUGUGUGUGUGUGUGUGUGUGUGUGUGUGUGUGUGUGUGUGUGUGAAUAUGUUGUUUAUUGUUAGACCUUUGGCCAAGUGUGGAUGGUAACAUUGCAUGAUCAGAUCUUUCUGAAUUAUUACAAGUUGUUAAUAAUUUGUUUAUACUACAACUUUUUCCAUUAAAUUGCUUGUAAACUUUGAUGCAGGUUAUGUGGAGGCUCAGGGCAAUAAAAACAA